AUGGCAGACCGCGAACGAUCCAGAAGCCCCCAGCCUCCGGGCUCGAGCGACGGCCGCGCGCCCAACCCCUAUGCCUCCGCGAGCAAGUGGCGUCACCAAGAGUCAUCCGCCUUUGCCAAACACGCCGCCCAGCACGCCCAGCACGCCCAGCACGCCCAGCAGGCGGCCGAUGCGCGCGAAGAUGCUGCCGCUGGUCGCACAAGCGAGCUGGCUGACUUUAUCAACAAGUCCUCCCGCGUCGAGCCACCCGCCGACCGCCCCGUCACCGCCGGUGGGGGCUACAAGCCGAUUCUCGAGGCCGCCGGACAUGCCAAGGAUGGCGCAGAGCCCGAACGAGACGCCGAGGACGGUCGCGGUGAGCCCAGCGACGGCAGGGAGAUUGUCUGCGGUCCUCUGCUCAACUACCGCCGCAUGGAGCGCGGACGAUGGUACGGGAGCGUCCUGAUCGUCAUCAAGGGCGGCGGUCCGGACGUCCUCUUCAAGCCGUCCCUCGUGAUGCGACGAGUAGGCGCUGCCGGAGGACUCCCUGCAGUGGACGGACAGGCCAAUGGCGGCGGCGAGGUUGGCGGCGAGAAUGGCGACAUGCGCUUCGAGUCCCAGCGUCUCUACUCGGACGCGCGCAACACCUUCUGGGCCUUUGAUAUCGACGCGCCCAUUGAGGCGACCGAGGUCCAAUACGAAUACUCUGUGCCCGACAUGCGCUUCAGCAGCCAACACAAGCCGCGUACCAACAACUUCUUCAUCCCUGCCGAGGACGAGUCGAUGCGCAUCAUGUUCCACUCGUGCAACGGGUUCAGCGUCGGCACGGACGAGGACGCCUGGAGCGGCGCUGCCCUGUGGAACGACGUGAUCCGCAAGCACCAGGCUAGGCCGUACCAUGUCAUGCUUGGCGGAGGCGACCAGAUCUACAACGACGGCAUCCGCGUCGAAGGCCCGCUGUAUCCAUGGGCCAAUAUCGGGAAUCCCCAGAAGCGCAGAGACUUUCCUUUUCCGGAGAAGCUCCGCGCCGAGUGCGACGACUACUAUCUCAAGAACUACAUCCGAUGGUACAACACGGAGCCGUUCUCUUCGGUCAACGGACAGAUCGCCCAGGUGAACAUUUGGGACGACCACGAUAUCAUCGAUGGCUUCGGCUCGUACACGGAUCACUUCAUGCGCUGUGACGUCUUCCGUGGCAUUGGAGGUGUCGCACACAAGUACUACAUGCUUUUCCAGCAUCACCUGCCGCCGCCCGCCUCGACGUACACCACAGAUUCCGCCGCUCUUGCCGAGUCGACACAGGGACCGGAUCCCAACCAGAUGGUCGGCGCCUUUGUCGCCGAGCCGAAGAGCGAUCCGUCGUACAUUGUGGGCGCAAAGCCUGGACCCUAUGUCGCCGAGCAUUCGUUCAACAUCUUCACGCGACUUGGCGCCCGCAUGGCGCUCAUGGGUAUCGAUGCCCGUGUCGAGCGCACGCGCCACCAGAUCAACUAUCCCGAGACCUACGAUCUCAUCUUCAAGAGGGUGUACGAUGAGCUUCGUGCCGCGGCCGCCUCGGACAAGCCCAUCACGCAUCUCAUUGUACUGCUGGGCAUUCCCAUUGCAUACCCCCGUUUGACUUGGCUCGAGAACGUGCUGCGCAGCCCCCUCGCGGGCCCUAUGAAGCUGAUGCACAAGCGCUUCGGCGUGGGUGGCGCCCUCUUCAACCAAUUCGACGGCAACUUUGAUCUGCUGGACGACCUCGACGACCACUACACCGCCAGGGUACACAAGGCGGAACGCAGCAUGCUGAUUCACAGGCUGCAGGAGGUCGGUUCCGAGUUCUCGUGCCGCGUCACCAUCCUUGGAGGUGACGUCCACCUAGCUGCCCUGGGCCGCUUCUACUCGAACCCCAAGCUCAAGAUCCCCGCGGAGCAGGACCACCGCUACAUUGCCAAUGUCGUCUCGUCGGCCAUUGUCAACAAGCCCCCGCCCCAGGCUGUUGCCAACCUGUUGGCCAAGAGGAACAAGAUCCACCAUCUGGACCACGACACGGAUGAGACCCUCCUCGACAUGUUCAACAAGGAUCCGGGCGACUCGAGCAAGACGUCUGGCUCCAAUCGCUGCACCAUGCCCAGCCGCAACUUUGCGUCCAUUACCGAGAACUCACCCAACAACCAGCCCAUGGCCGGCUCGAACGGCGGGACCACCAAUGUCAACGGCGCAAGCGAGACGGGCGGCGAGGCUGCUCCCCAGUCAUUCAUCGGCAAGGACGGGCACUCUGUACUGCACCAAGGCGAAGUCGGCUCUGGCACCAAGCACAAGGCGGCCUCCAUCGAGACCCAUGGCCGCGGCAACGAUGGCAGUCUGGACGUGCGCAUCAACAUUGAGAUUGACCCGUCGAACCGUCAAGGCCUGACGGAGGGGUACGGCCUGAGCAUCCCCCUGCUCGCGUAUCAGAAGCCUACGACGCCGGCGUCCGCGGCUCCCGCUGGCUCCGUCCACAGCGCAGCACAAUAG